GUCUCGCGCUCCUCGUCGCUGAUUGGUGGAGCGUCUCGCGGGUUUGCGCCGCUCGAUCCCACGCGCUCCUCCGUCAGUGACUCUUCUUCACCGGCGAGCGCGCGGGUGAUGAAGAUGAUGCUGAAGAUGAAGAUGAUGGAUGAUGUUCGCGCCGAGCAGGAGGUGAAGAAACUGCAGGAGCUUGUGCGGAAACUGGAGCGGCAGAACGCGCGGUUGCGGACGCGAGCGAACAUCGCGCCGCCCUCCCCGGCGUGCCCGAGCGGCGCGUGUCCAUUGCCGUAUUUCCGGACGCAUUCCUCCGCGGAUGAUGAUGAUGAUAAUGAUGAUGAUGAUGAUAAUGAUGAUGAUGAAGAUGAAGAAGAGCCGCGCGCGCUCCUGGACGAGCUGAUGCUGCUGGACCUGGAGACCGUGAGUCCGAGCGGCGAGUCCGAGGAGACCUGGCUCUAUGUGUCUCCCAGAUCUCAUCUGUGCUCCGCCGCGACUCUCAGUGCUCUGCAAUGGUGUCGGCACGUUCUCGAUCAACUGGAAAACGCCGGACAAUCGCUCUGCCAAAGAUUGGACUCCGUCAGUGGACGGAGGUCAAGCUUCUCCUCUCCUGUUUUUCCUCGUGCUCGUGUUUCUCCUCUCCACUGUAAACCCUGUGCUCCUCUUCCCAGCAGCACCUGUGAGAGAGCAGGCCGCAGCGGUCGGCGCAGUGUGUUCUCUCAGCCGUCAGUGGACAGGUCAGCGAGUGUGUGUGAGCGGGACGAGGGCUUUAAGCUGCAGGAUCUGACGGAUGUCCAGGUGAUGGCGAGACUUCAGGAGGAGAGUCUCCGUCAGGACUUCGCCACCACCUCUUCCUCUUCCUCUUCUUCCUCUAUGAAGCGCCACAGCAUCAGCUUCUCCUUCCAGCGCAGCGACUCGCAGCUGGACGAGGAAGAGGAGGAUGAGGAUGAAGAGUACGGCGAGAUGCCACCCGCGCAGCCGCGUCUGAGCCGCGCCGGAGCCCUGCCGCACUCACACACCUUCGGCAGCAUCAGGGACUGGAGGCUCUCCAGCGCAGCGCAGACACACACACACACACCUGCGCAGACGCACGGACUCAGGAGCAGCGCAGAGCUAACAGGAAGUGAUGUUUUCUUAGAUAAGCUGAGGAGGAGUAUGCCGAACCUGCUGAGUGUCCCGAUGGCGUCCGUUCCCGCGUCCCCGUCCCUGCGGAUCAGCCAGAGCUUCGACUCGUCCGGGACACUGACGCGGCUUCAGACCUGCAUUCCAGCUCGUGUUCAGAGUGUCGGGAACUUCUCGUCCUGUCAGACACUUAAAGCCACCGCUUACGUCAGUCCCACCAUCAAGGGUCCGUCGGCCAGUUCCCAGUGUGUGUCCGGUGGGAAAGUGUCCGUCUCCCAGAUCCCGGCGCGCAGUGGUUUACCGCGGCCCGCGUCCUUCAUAGCGAGUGGCUCGCGGGGCAAACUCACGGCUCCAGUGCGCAGUUUGCUGACGCCGCCGAGGAGCCUGUCGACGCUGCGGGACGGGAGCUGGCGGGACGGGUGUUACUGAGGUCAUGAGGUCACUUCCUGCUGGUCAGGAAGUCCUCACACACACACUGAUCAUCGAAACCUGCUGCUAAAGCUGUUCCUGCUGCGUUUCUUUCUCAAACAACCACUGGAACUCAACAACCAGUUUGUAAUAUUUUUGUGAUUUCAAAUGGUUUUAACCAAAUUUCCACACUUUUUAACUCUUUACAGGUCGAACACUUUAUUGUCACUGUGUUUAUACGAUUAAUAUUCUUUUUUAACUUGAUAACAGACGACGUGCACUCAAUGAUCCAGUUAUUGCACCGUUUAAAAGCAUAUUUGACUUAAUUGUUUUGGUUAUAAUUGUUCUUGUGUUCAUUCGAUGUUGCACUUUCACUGUUAGUGAUUAUUUUUUCAUUGACUAUUUCUAUGCACUGUAUUUAUUUUCUUCUCUUGUUUUCUGAUUUUAUUGUGUAAAAUAUAUAUUUAAAAGCUCCAUGUUUGCACAUUGUUUCUGUAUACGUGGCACCGUUUUCUUAAAUAAUUCUUUAUGACUGAGAUUUUAAAGAGUGUGUCUGUGUUUAAAGUCCAAAUAAACUUGUGUUUGUUUUGUAAUGA